AUGGGUUCCAAGCUUUGUUUCAUCAUCUCUUUCACUCUUAUAUCAUCGACCACGAGCGAUAUCUGUCAACCAAAAUGCGGGUACCAGGAGAUCAACUUCCCAUUUCAGCUCAAAAACGAAACCCGGUGCGGCUAUCCAGGCUUCGACCUCUCAUGCAAUAACCAGACCGACACCAUCAUAACAUUCCCAUCAUCGGGUAAUUUCACAGUUCAAGUCAUCAACUAUUAUGUGCAAUUCAUUGUGAUAGGCGAUCCAGAUAAUUGCCUUGCGAAACAUCUACUGGAAGGGUUUGAUACCACUGUCACACCAUUCCACCAAGACUACCUACAGAACUUCACGCUGCUCAACAGCUCCUAUAAUGUACCCUACAUGGAAACAUUAAACCUAACAUAUACUCCUUGUCUUAGUAGUGAUUAUAAUUGUACCGUGGUGAUACCGGUGGACCGACCAGAUCUGUUCAAAUCGUUCUCGUCGUGUUGGGAAAUAGAGACGGUCUCGUUGCCGUUGCUGGAAAAUGGGAAUUUCUUGAUGAUAGGAUAUGGUUAA